AUGAAGACAUGUUACUACGAAGUUCUCGGAGUUGAACGGAGUUGCUCGGCAGACGACAUCAAAAAGGCAUAUCGCAAACUCGCUUUGAAAUGGCAUCCAGAUAAGAAUCAGAACUCUGAUGACGCAACAAAGAUGUUCCAACUCAUAACAGAAGCCAACGAAGUCCUCAGUGAUCCACAGGAGCGCGCGUGGUAUGAUGAUCAUCGGGACCAAAUCUUGCGGGGUAACGACGCCUUUGAUACGGACGAGGAGUCCAAGCAAGAGGCCGCUGAGCUCAAGAGUUUCCAAAGACAGUUUUUCUGGUCGGCGUUUUCGUCGGGAUUGUCGUUUGGGUGGUAUGAUAAGUGGGACGUACGGCAAGCUGAGGGGAGGCGUAUGAGGAGGGCGAUGGAACAGGAAAACUCACGGGAGAGGAAGAGCAAAAAGAAAGACUAUAAUGAUAAAGUACGGCAUUUGGUGGAGUAUGUCCGUAACAGAGACCCUAGAGUGGCUGAGCAGAGGAAGGUAGAACAACUGCAAGCUGAGAGGGUAGAGGAGGAAAGGAAGGCGGAAAGGAAGAGGAAAGAGGAGAUGAAGCGGGAGAGGAGGGCUAGGGCGAGAGUAGUGCAAGAGAAGCGCUGGGCAGAAAACGAGGCUGAGGUGGCUGCUAUGGCGAGGAGGAAUGGGGGAGGCUCAUCUACUACUAGUUCUCAGGAGGAGGAGGAGGAGGAGGUCCAGGACGUGUACGAGUGUGCAGCGUGCAAGAAAGUGUUUAAGAGCAACAAGGCUUACGCUAAUCACGAAAAGUCUAAGAAGCAUAAGAUGGAGUGCAUAUAUUUCAUUGGUAUCGGCGAAGUUUCGGAGGUGAUGGGUUUUUGA